AAGACUUAAGAAAAAGACAUAAAUCAAAAGAGGAGAGGAAUUUAAAAAAAAAAACCCUAAAUCCACCAAAACCAGGAACCCCCAAGCCGUUUAAAAGCCUAUCGCCUCAUUACAUCGGAGCCCGAUCUCAUCCAACGAACUCUUCUUGUCUCUCGGUUUUACAGUUGGAUUCAGAUAUUAUCUUGAAUUUUUACUCGAUAACUAGCAGCAAAAAUAUGGAUGAUUGGGAGGAUGAGCAACUUGCACCACUUCCAGCAAAAGCUGAGCUUAAAAGCAACUGGGAUGACGAGGAUGUAGAUGAGAAUGAUAUUAAGGACUCUUGGGAGGACGAUGAUGAUGAUGACGAACCUGCUCCUGUAAAGCCUGCUACGGAGACGGCUCCUCCUAAGAAAGCAGCAGCCAAAGCUGUUGAAAAGAAGGGUAAAGCAGCUGAUGUUCCAAAAGAAGCACCAAAGGAAGAGCCUUUAGAUCCCAUCUCUGAGAAACUUCGCAUGCAGAGGCUUUUUGAAGAAGCUGACUACAAGGCAACUGCUGAGCUCUUUGGAACUAAGGGUGAGGAGAAAAACCUUGAUGUGUUCAUCCCCAAGUCUGAAAGCGAUUUUUUGGAAUAUGCUGAAAUGAUUUCUCAUAAGCUUAAACCAUAUGAGAAAAGUUAUCAUUAUAUUGCGCUACUCAAAGCAGUCAUGAGACUUUCCUUGACCAACAUGAAGGCAGCAGAUGUUAAAGAUGUUGCUUCCUCGGUUACAGCUAUAGCAAAUGAAAAACUUAAGGCGGAGAAAGAAGCUGCUGCUGGCAGAAAGAAGACUGGUGGGAAAAAGAAACAACUGAUUGUAGAUAAGGCCAAUGACGAUCUCGUGGCUGGUCCUUAUGAUGCCAUGGACGAUUUCGACUUCAUGUAGAUUAUAAGAGAGCUUUUUUUGAGGGAAUGCUAUUUGGAUUGUCCAGAGUCUAUAUCAUCAUUAAAAGUAUUAUUUCUGGAAAAACAAUAUUGAUUUAUGAGUAUUGGUCAGUUUGGUCUGGAGUUAUUCUCUCAAAUGUCAUGUUUUUUUUUAUUUUGUUUUUGAACUAAUAUUUGAAUCAAUUUGAAGGUCGUAUAAAUUUGACAUUGUUCUGAA